CGUAACGUGGAAAUGAUUCAACAGCUAAAUUAAUACUUGAGGAAAUUGGGGUGGUGAUAGUUUGUCAGCCGCUGAACUUCCUCGUUUGACUCAGUAAGUUAGUCAGCGGCCUGUUUGUCAACAUGCCGUCGGUUCAGGAGUCGCUUGAAUCCGGACUGGACUUCAUUGAAUUUUUGGGAGACAGAAUAUCCAUCACCAACCUAGCGGAACUUCGGGAGAUCUACAAAUCUGAAUUUAGGGGCAGACAAGGAAUUAAAGACCCUACCUUUUACAAAGUUCUCCAUGUCCUGCUGAAAUUCAACAAAGCCCACAUAAAAAAUAGGAAAAUCUACAUCAAUGUCAGACCUCAGGUUAGAGUGUACUGUGACCAGUGGAGGAGGCCCCGGGCCCCUGCUCAGCCACCACAGAGUCCCAGCUCUGGCCCUCAGAAAACAGCUGAGACACCUUCACCCCCCACUGGCCCCUCCAAACCUGGGACCCCUGUGCUUACCCCCAAGAAAAAGCUGGCUACAGAAAUCCUUCACAAGUUAAAGGUGAACAGGAAGCAGUUGACGGCUGACAAGGGCGGCAUUGAGAUCACUUCAACCCCUGCGUCCACCGGGGGAAAGGUACAGUUCACUUUAGAAAGUCUGAAGAUGCAGUUCGUCGUCAGCUUCCACAUUGUAAACAAGGGCACAAACUGCAUCCACUUCACCUACUACACUGCCCUGCACAAGAUCCGCUGUUUCACUCUGGAGGAUGAGAGGAGGGUGACCAGAGCCUGUCCGCUCUUCCUCUGUCCUGGAGAGAGCUAUGACGUUGUGGUUCGGUACACGCUGAACCACUAUGGGCAUUUCCCUGCCACCAUGUACUUUGAGUUCUGCCCAGAUCAGCCAGCAUCGGUGCCCUUUUGCAUUGUGAGGGAGAUGGAAGCGGUGGCCAGGACCCCACUGGCUGUGGAGCUGGGGCCCGUGGCUCCGUACAAACCAUUUAAGGUGUCCACAUACAAGCCUGUGGACACUGUGGUAGUGGAGGGAGUUCCACCUGAGCGUUCUGUCGUCCAGCCUCUACAAAUAGCAGUGAAAUUAGGCGACUAUAAGUACCCUCUUUACCUAAAGGAACUGGCUAAACGCGGGAUGGAGGAUUCUGGUGACCUCUCUGCAGCUGCCAAGCAGAAACUGGCAUCAGUGAAAGGUGUCCUCAACUCCCCCUUAAAGAUGAAGACGUACGCUCAUCGAUUUCACCUCCUGCUACACCUGGAGGAGAUACAGAUGGAGGUGGACAUCAGGAAGUAUGACCUCCACAAUCAAACCAUGACUCAAGACCAAAGCAACAAAAAACUGCUUAAACUCAGAGUUCCUGGUGUUGCAGAGAAUCGACCAUCUGUACUACGAGGAGAUAUUCUGAGAGUGUCCAAAUCUGCAGACACGGUCCAGCCGAUCGUGGUGUACACCGGAUAUGUUCACAGAGUAGAGCUUGAGAGUGUGAAGCUGGGCUUCUCCAAGAGGUUGCUGCAGAUUUUUCUCAGCAAUAUGAAGUUUGAGGUGGAGUUUACUAUCAACCGGUACUCCCUGAAGCUGCAGCAUCGCGCUGUGGAGUUGGCAGUGAAACAUCAGCUCGAAGAGGUGCUGUUCCCAUCUGGUGCAGCAGUGGCUAAUCUCCCCAUGCCUAAACUCAGGAUGUUCAACCGUCAGCUGGAGAACAACCCGGAGCAACACGCUGCGGUCCAGCGCAUUGUGGCCGGAUCAUCAAAACCUGCUCCUCAUCUUGUGUUUGGGCCUCCUGGAACAGGAAAGACAAUCACUCUGGUUGAAGCAAUGCACCAGGUCAGCAGGGCCGACCCGUCAGCCCACAUGCUCGCCUGUGCACCCUCAAACAGUGCCUCUGACCUCCUCUGUGAGAGACUGAUGGAGCACAUGGAUCCUCAUCGGAUUUACCGCGUGUACGCCAGCAGCCGAGACCCGAGAACUGUCCCCAAGAACCUGCUGAAAUAUUGUAACUGGGACCAGCAGCAAGAUAGUUUUGUGUUUCCAGAGAAAACAACUCUGAUGAAGUACACAAUCAUAGUUACAACUAUGGUCACAGCUGGCAGACUAGUGUCUGGAGGAAUCCCAGCUGGUCAUUUUACGCAUGUGUUUAUGGAUGAAGCAGGCCAGGCAGUGGAGCCGGAGUGCGUCAUUGCCAUCGCAGGGCUGCUCAGUGCAGGGGCGGGUCAGCUGGUGCUGGCAGGAGAUCCGAAGCAGCUGGGACCGAUUCUUCGAUCUCCCAUUGCACUGCAGCACGGGCUCGAGCUUUCCCUGCUUGAGAGGCUGAUGAAACACAACACUUUAUAUCAGAAAACUACUGACUCCGGCCACUUUGACACCCGCUUUGUCACCAAACUGCUGCGAAACUACAGGUCUCAUGCUGCCAUUCUGAAAAUCCCCAAUGAGCUGUUCUAUGACAAUGAACUGCAGGUGUUUGCCGACCAGUGGGAGCGUGACACCUACUGCAACUGGCAACACCUUCCCAGAAAGGGUUUCCCAGUGAUCUUCCACGGGGUGAUGGGGAAAGACGAGCGAGAGGCAAACAGUCCGUCCUUCUUCAACGUGUCUGAGAUUGAAGUCCUGGUCGACUACCUCACCAAGCUGAUGGAAACACAAGGAAAGAAGGGGCUCCCCAAACUCUCCGCAAAAGACAUCGGCAUCAUCGCCCCCUACAGAAAACAGGUGGAGAAAAUCCAAAAGGCCCUGAAGUCUGUCUCAGCUCUGAGCCGAUGGAACGAUCUCAAAGAGCUCAAGGUGGGAUCAGUAGAGGAGUUUCAGGGACAAGAGAGAAAGAUCAUCAUGGUCUCUACCGUCCGCAGCAGCAUCAGCUACAUCAAGAUGGACAAAGACUUCAACAUUGGAUUCCUGUCAAAUGAGAAGAGAUUCAACGUGGCUUUGACCAGAGCCAGAUCCCUGCUGAUAGUUGUGGGAAACCCUGUGAUCCUCAACAAGGACCCCACUUGGGAAAAGUUCAUCAGCUACUGUGUGAAUGAAAAGGGUUACACUGGAUUUGACUUCAAAGACGCAGAGGGAGAGGAUGAGAUUGUGUCGAGACUGGCAACCUUGAAAAUCAACGUGGAUUCUGACAAUCAUGUGGAAGAGGAGAGUGCCCUCCAGCAGCAUCUGGACCCUGAGUGGAAACAUGAGCACUGACUUCUCUCAGAUAAGCAACAUAAAAGAAAGAAACACUUGCAGUGACAGAUUAUUAGAUUUAAGUACAUAGAGAUGAGUAUCAAGGAUCAGUAUUUCAUUUUCCUUUUAAUGAGCUUUAAACACAAUAUUGGCAUCAAUUAGGAAAAAUAGACAACUGGUUACUCAAAUUUAUAUCCGUGUGUCAGGUGCUCUUGGAAAAAAGAAGAAAAACAGGAUAUACUGGAAGGCUAUUUGGGCACUCCAAAAUAUAAGAAAAAAUAAACCAACGAUGUAGGAAAUAUUAAAAAGCCUUUAUUGUAGUGGCUAAAUUGUCAGAAUUGAAAAAUCCAACAUGUUUCAGCCACUGUAGGUCUUGUUAGAGGCUUUUAUAGGUGUAAUAAUUCCUAUUUGAUCAUUACUGUUAAAAAAAAUUGAAGUAUAUUUAUCUGCAGAGACUCUGCUCUCUGCCUGUAUUUUCUUGUUUUCCUCUUUUUUUGUGUUCAGGAUGUUCCUGGGCACAGGGCACAGGUGAGGUUGGCAGGUAACAACCAGGUGCCAGAUUGUAAGCAGUUCGCAUCCAAGGGGAAGCUAUGAAAAUUGGCAAAAAAUUGACACAGAGCCACAAAAGUGCAAACAUACUGAACAAGAGUGAAUCUUGGCUUUCACUUACGCUGGCAAUAUUAUUUAUUAACAGUAAAUGACUAAUACUACAUCGUUAACCUAUUUAAAAAUGAUUUAGCCACUACAUUAGUGGCUUUUUAAUAUUUACUUCCUUGUUAAUAUAUAUGUUUUCUUAUAUUUUAGAGUGCCUGGAUUUCAUUCCUGUUUAUCAUAUUUGCAUCAGUUAUAUAAGGAUAUAUCCUUUUUAUCAACUUUUCUAAGGGCAGUUUGUUCACUGAACCAGUGAAUCUUUUGUUCUUGACUUUUUCACUCCUCAGUGGAUUUUUAAAUUAAGCUGCCACCUCAACAUCAUGUUGAGUUAGCAUGAACAUUGCUUCACACAAGCAAUGAGUUUACUGAUUGAGAAAAUGAGGAGCAGACUAUUCUAUUUCUCAGGAAUUCAUCACCGUAUGUCUUACUGCUGUUUGCACUUCUUAAGUUAGUCUCUGUAACCCACAUAUUCCUUUCGGAUAGUAGUUAAAUAAAAUCAUUGUAAAACCA